CGCGGCAGAGCCCGCGGGUUGUGCUGAGGGAGCUCGCGGGCCCGCACCGCCCCGAGCGCCCGGACUGCGCGGCGGCGGCGCAGACACAGUGGCCGCGGCCCGCGGUCCCCGAGGAGCUUCUGACUCGGUGUUGGCGUCCACGCCGCCGGCCCAGCGCCGCGACAGGUGCCGCGCGGGUUCUCCGGGGACCGCGCUGCCGCCGCGGGCAACUCCCGCCCGUCCGUCCCGACCCCCAGCGCGGCCGCCGCGCGCCGUCGGGGGAGCCUCCGCCCGGGCCGCGGCGCAGCGGAUGCCCGUCGGGUGAGCGCGGCGCCCCGCCCGCCAUGGCCGCGCGCCCCGGGCCGCUGUGGCUGCUGGGGCUGGCGCUGUGCGCGCUGAGCGGCGGCGGCCCCGGCCCGCGCCCCCCGCCCGGCGGCCCGCCCCGCCGCCUGGGCCCGCGCGAGCGCCGCGACCUGCAGCGCGAGAUCCUGGCGGUGCUCGGGCUGCCCGGCCGCCCCCGGCCCCGCGCGCCGCCCGCCGCCGCCCGGCUGCCCGCGUCCGCGCCGCUCUUCAUGCUGGACCUCUACCACGCCAUGGCCGGCGACGACGACGAGGACGGCGGCCCCCGCGAGCGGCGCCUGGGCCGCGCCGACCUGGUCAUGAGCUUCGUCAACGUGGUGGAGCUCGACCGCUCCCUGGGCCACCCGGAGCCCCACUGGAAGGAGUUCCACUUCGACCUGACCCAGAUCCCGGCGGGGGAGGCGCUCACGGCGGCCGAGUUCCGGAUCUACAAGCUGCCCAGCGCCCACCUGCUCAACAGGACCCUCCACAUCAGCCUGUUCGAGGUGGUCAGAGAGCGGGCCAACAGGGAGUCUGACUUGUUCUUUUUGGAUCUUCAGACGCUCCGAGCUGAGGACGAGGGCUGGCUGGUGCUGGACGUGACAGCAGCCAGUGACCACUGGUUGCUGAACCGCAGCAAGGACCUGGGACUGCGCCUCUACCUGGAGACAGAGGACGGGCGCAGCGUGGACCCGGGCCUGGCCGGGCUGCUGGGGCGCCGGGCCCCGCGCUCCAAACAGCCGUUCAUGGUCACGUUCUUCAGGGCGGGCCCCGGCCCCGGCCCCAUCCGGGCGCCCCGGGCGGUGCGGCCCCUGAGGCGGCGGCUGCUGAAGACCAACGAGCUGCCGCAGCCCCACCGGCUCCCGGGCGCCUUCGACGGCGCCCACGGCUCCCACGGGCGGCAGGUGUGCCGGCGGCACGAGCUCUACGUCAGCUUCCAGGACCUGGGCUGGCUGGACUGGGUCAUCGCCCCCCAAGGCUACUCGGCCUAUUACUGUGAGGGGGAGUGCUCCUUCCCGCUGGACUCCUGCAUGAACGCCACCAACCACGCCAUCGUGCAGUCCCUGGUGCACCUGAUGAAGCCGGACGCCGUGCCCAAGGCGUGCUGCGCGCCCACCAAGCUGAGCGCCACCUCCGUGCUCUACUACGACAGCAGCAACAACGUCAUCCUGCGCAAGCACCGCAACAUGGUGGUCAAGGCCUGCGGCUGCCACUGAGGCCGGCGGCCGCUGCAGCGCCUCCCGCCGGGUCAGCCCCGCCCCAGAGGCUGAGACCCUCAAACCCAGCCAGACCACAGAGAGGACUGGCACGGAGACUCCUCAGAACAACAUGUCCAUGCCCCUUCCUCCUUCCUGCCAGGGCUGGGUCCUUUCAGGCCCCACCCUCCGCUGCCUAAGGCUGUGAUAGCUUCCGGCAUUCUGUUCUGGUGGGCGGAGUCAUCGGGCAGGGUUCUGCCCCAGCCCUGUCCCCCAGUGGCACGUGCUGACUGGCUCUUUGGGGUUGGCACAAAAGUCCUAUCAGGACCUGCCCUUGCUCCUUGCUGGCUUGGGCUGUGGGCAGAUAUGCAAUGACCCGAGAGGCACCUGGAGCCCAAGGUGACCAGCUCAGGUCCUCCCGUCUCCGUUGCAGGGUUUGGGGGGCGUAGUCAGGGUUUGGCUCACUUCCAGUUGCCUACCCUUCUCAGGGGCAAAAGUAGGCAUUUCUGGGUUCUUGUUAAAGAGCAUGGACUUGUCUUGUGUGUUCUGUAUUUUCAGAUCUGAUUACCAAACUGCUGGCCACGGGGAGGCAUGUGGGGCAACUCCAGGAAGAGCUGAAGGAGCAGCCUGGCUAAGGGCUCAAGCCAAGGGCAUUUUCCUUCUGUCGCCCUGCCCUGGAUCUGUGUGUCCUCUCUCAGCACGCAGCACAGGGAAACCUUACCUUUGGAGAAACAAAAAGUCUUGGGGCAUCACUGACCCACCUGUCUGUCGUCGUGUUGAACAUCGGGAGCUCAGCUGUGUGGGGAAGGAUCUUAAUACUGAGCCAAGUGAACAUGGUGACAGGGUGACAGGGCUCAGCACAGAUGACAUAGCGUUCCUUUCUCUUCUGCAUGACGGCAUCAAUAAUCAACCUUGAUGCUGUUUUUUACCAAAUCUGGAUAGAAUUUCAAGUGAUCAGCACA